AUGGUUGCUUCUGAACUAAAGGAAGUAUUUUCGUGCCUGGAUACUUCUGAUCCAGAUUAUAAGAUCACUCUAACAAUGGGCGAGUGGAGACAAGUGGAAACUCUCUGCGCACACUUGAAGAUUUUCUAUGAGGUGGCCAACAUUCUAACAACCCCUUUAUGUCUGACCGCGAAUGCAUUAUUCCAUGAACUGUGGAAGAUUCAAUUAAAACUGAUACAUGCUGCUAUGAGCCCGGAUCUCUUUGUCAGCAGCCUUACCAGAUCAUUGGACGAGAAAUUCACUAGAUAUUGGGAGGACUGUAACCUAGUCUUGGCAGGUGCUGUAGUUAUGGACCCGAGGUUCAAAAUGAAGCUCGUGGAAUUCAGCUUUCCCAGAAUCUAUGGUGAGGACACAUCAAUUUUGAAUCUUGAGGCAAGAUUGAAAGACUUAAAGUUGUAUUAUAAAUAUUGA